AUGGCUACUACCUUCCCCCGUUACAAUUACAUCAUCUCGAGGACACUCGACCCUCUCUUCGCCCUAUUCAUAGGCUUUUCGGCUGCUGGCAUGCGUAUUCGCAGGGAAGAAAACGAGAAGCGGCUGGGCAUGGCUACUACAUCUAUCGCCGGUUCGACAGUCCAAAUGCCCAACCAGAAGCCAGAGACUGGAAGUCAAAAUGGACCUGGAGGAGAGGUCGGCUAUGCUGAAAUAGCCAGUACAGGAUGGGGGAGGAUCAAGAGGAGCAUCUCGGAAGCGGUGCAGUGGUGA